UUUAUACUAUGUUUUGGACCCUUGAAAACUGCAGUUCAGACCCAUUCCAUAACCAAGUCCAGACUCACUAAAAACCUUCCAGAUUUUACGAGAACAAAGCCCAACUCCAGAUCUUCAGUCUGAAGCUUUCUGGAAGGUUCGGGAAUUUAUCAGCGUUUCUUAAUCAAAGCCGAAUAAAGAUCACGCCAGAAAUCUCCAGAACUCUCUUCUGCUUCCUAUAAGUAAGGCCCUUCUCCUCCCAUCCACCAGAGAAGGCAAGCGAUUCGCGGCACACAAUCAAACCCAAGCAAUAUCUAUUGCUAAACCCAUUUCCAACAAAUACAAAAUGGCAUUGGUUCCAAGUUUCUUCGGUAACACACGAAGCAGCAUCUUUGAUCCUUUCAACUCUUUCGAGCUGUGGGAUCCAUUCAAAGACUUCCAAUUUCCUUCUUCCUCUUCAAUCAUCUCUGGUGAGAAUUCUGCUUUUGUUAACGCUCGCAUAGACUGGAAAGAGACUCCAGAAGCUCAUGUGUUCAAGGCUGAUCUUCCGGGGCUUAAAAAGGAGGAAGUGAAAGUGGAGAUUGAAGAUGACAGAGUGCUUCAAAUCAGCGGAGAGAGGAAUGUGGAGAAGGAAGACAAGAAUGAUACUUGGCAUCGUGUGGAGCGCAGCAGCGGCAAAUUCUUGAGGAGGUUCAGACUGCCUGAGAAUGCCAAGAUGGAUCAAGUUAAGGCUUCCAUGGAGAAUGGGGUUCUCACAGUGACUGUUCCUAAGGAGGAGGUGAAGAGACCUGAUGUCAAGGCAAUUGAAAUCUCUGGUUGAUUAAUUUCUUUCUUCUGAAUGGAAUGGAUGUAACUACAAUGGAUGAUACAAUGUAUGCUGGUUUAAUGAUCUAAUAAUACUACUGCAUACUUCAUAAUUGUUCAAUAUAUUUUAUUUUCUGCAAAA